AUGGCUGAGCCGGACGGUUCACCCCUUCUCCGGCGGGAGUUUCCUCGCUUCUUGCUGCUCAUCUUCCUCCUGCUCCCCUCAAGGGGCCGGGCUGGCCGCUACGACCCCACCUGGGAGUCUCUGGACUCUCGGCCGCUUCCGCCCUGGUUCGAUGAAGCCAAGUUUGGGAUUUUCAUCCACUGGGGUGUUUUUUCUGUGCCAAGCUUCGGCAGCGAGUGGUUUUGGUGGUAUUGGCAAGCAGAAAAGAAGGAACCUUAUGUAACUUUUAUGAAGAAAAACUACCAACCUGGAUUCACUUAUGAAGAUUUCGCCCCUAUGUUUACAGCUGAGUUCUUUGAUGCCAACCAGUGGGCAGAUAUUCUGAGUGCUUCAGGUGCCAAAUACGUUGUCUUGACUUCAAAACAUCAUGAAGGUUUUACUCUGUGGGGGUCAAAAUAUUCCUGGGCUUGGAACAGUGUGGAUGUGGGACCAAAACGAGACCUAGUAGAAGAGUUAGCUACAUCCAUUAGAAAGCGGACAAGCUUACGUUUUGGGCUAUAUCACUCAUUGUUUGAAUGGUUCAACCCUCUCUUCCGUGAUGAUUAUGCUAGCAAAUUCAAGAAACAACAGUUUCCAAAUGUCAAAACUCUCCCAGAACUUUAUGAGAUUGUGAACCAAUAUCAGCCAGAGAUUUUGUGGUCAGAUGGCGAUGGGAAUGCUCCAGAUACUUACUGGAACAGCACUGCCUUCCUAGCAUGGCUUUAUAAUGAGAGCCCUGUUCAGAAAACAGUUGUAACAAAUGAUCGCUGGGGCACUGGCACAAUAUGCAAACACGGAGGGUUUUUCACGUGUGCAGAUCGAUACAGCCCUAAACAUCUUUUGUCCCAUAAGUGGGAGGACUGUAUGACAAUUGACAAGAAGUCUUGGGGAUACCGAAGGGAUGCACAAUUAAGUGAUUAUCUGACUGUUGAAGAGCUCAUACAGCAACUUGUAGAGACAGUAGCAUGUGGAGGAAAUCUUUUGGUGAAUAUUGGGCCCACCCAUGACGGCCGCAUUCCUAUUAUAUUUGAAGAGCGUCUGAAGCAAAUGGGGACUUGGUUGGCAUUGAAUGGUGAAGCUAUUUUCAACACUACACCUUGGAGAGCCCAAAAUGAUAGUAUAACAUCAGGAGUCUGGUACACAUUCAAACCAAAAGAAAACAUUCUGUAUGCCAUUUUUCUUAAGUGGCCAUCGUCAGGAACUCUGUCGCUGGGUGAACCAAAAGCCGUUCUUGAGAAAACAAAGGUGAAACUAAUAGGAUACGAAGAAUCAUUGCCCUGGAUUUCUAUGGGAGAAAAAGGAAUGAUGGUGGCUGCACCUCUGUUGCCAUUCAAUAAAUAUCCCUAUCAGUGGGCCUGGACUCUACAGCUUACUAAUGUACAGUAGUGAUAGAAUCUUGCUCUGCUGAAUUUUUGUAACUGAAGAAAUAAGGGUAGAUUUAAAAUAGAAAAUAAUUCAGGCACCAAUCUUCUUUUCUUCUCUUAAUACUUUUAAAGCAAAGUUGGUGGAAGAAUGCAUAUAGCAAUCACAAAAGCUGAAUAGGAAAGGUUAAGUAAAUUGACAUUGUCCAGUGAAUGCUGAGUUAUUGAAAUAGCAAUAAGCACUUUUAUACUGCUUCACAGUGUUUUACAGCCCUUCUCAAAUGGUUGACAGAGUCAGCAUAUUGCCCCCAACAAUCUGGCUCCUCAUUUUACCGACCUUGGAAAGAUGGAAGGCUGAGUCAACCUUGAGCCCAUGAGAUUCGAACUACAGAACUGCUGGUAGCCAGCAGUCAGCAGAAGUAGCCUGAAGUACUGCAUUCUAAUCACUGCACCACCAUGGCUCUUAACAGAAGUAUUGAAGUUUAUGAUGUUAAAUAUAGCUCUUAAUACAAUCUAUCUUUUGUGAAACAGAAUACCAAAUUGAGUGAAAGAAGUUACCACGGGAGUUUCAGAAUUGUUUUAAAAUUGAGGCUUUAAUCUUUCCCCUAACGAUAAACUUUUAUUCUAAUUAUUUUGAUUACCUCAGAAGAUUCCAAAGAGAUUAGAAAAUUGUCUACCGGCACUUAGAUCUUAGUUUUGAGGAGAUAAAAGUGAUCUAGUAUUCUGUAUACAUGUUUAAAGCCCUGCAUGGGAUGGGUGCAGGCUACUUGGACCGCCCCAAUGAGACUGGCCCACCUCACGCACGCCAACAGACAGGUUAUACUACAGAUCCUGUCAGCUAAGGAAUUCUGGCUAGUGGGAUCCAGGAGAAGAAUUUUAUGUCAUGGUUCCUGCCCUCUGAACAUUUUAUACCCUGAAGCAAGAUUGGCUCCCACUCUUCCUGACUUACUCUCCUGACUUAGAACCUGAAAACCUGACUCUGCCACAUGGCUUGGGAACUUAAAGGGGAAACUUCACACUAGAUGUGUUUGACUAAAACCCAAUUCCGCCUCUUCCCAUGUUUCAACCCCCUCCUUUGCCAUCUUGUGUUAAUGAUUUUAUCUGUUGUAUUAUUUUAUAAAUGAUGAUUUUAAAUGUUUUUAUAAUGUUUUUAUGUUGCAAGUCACCCAGAGUGGUCGGAUAUGAGAUAAGCAGCAAAUAAAUUGCUUAAUAAAUAAAUAUAGUGGUUAUAGAAAGUCCUGCUAAACACAGCCCUGUUAAAAUGCCAGGUUUUUACAAUGUAAAAAAAAUCAGACCAAGAUUAUUUCAGAUUUUUUUCCCUAUCUUUAAUAGAACACAUAAGCUGUACAAAUCAAUUGAAAAGCAAACUAAAAUCUUUUCAGGAAGUGGGGUGGAAUUAAUAGCUUACAAUAACAUGGUUGGAUAAGGGCACACACCCUCCUAUAAGUAGGGAUGUGGCUAUGUUCAGAAUUAACUGAUCACAUUCAAAUUAUGGCUAGAAUAGUAGUACACAGUAGUGAUUAAAGUGACCGAUCAAGCCCAUUUUCAAUUGUUCUAGUAUGAUUUUUUGACAUAUACUCUGUUGCCUCUUACAGCAAACAACAAACUAUUAGUUUAAAGGUGUGCACACUUAUGUAACCACGUUAUUAUAUGUUUGUUUUUUGUCCCUGAAAGAUUUCAGUUUUUCAACUGAAUUGUACAGCUUGUAUUUCGAUGAAAGUUGGAAAAAAUUCUGAAGUAGUUUAUCUUGGUCUUUUUUAAAAAAAAAACCCUGACAUUUUAAUAGGGCUAUAUAGCCUUUCUAUAUGCACUCUAUUUCCAGGUGACCUAGUUCAUAUUUUAAAAUACAUCGGAUGAAAAAUAAGUUUUUAAUCUAAAUGUUUAUAAUAUAUGUCUGUGCAGAGCAUCAGUAGUGAAAUUGUCUAAAACAGCUUCAAAAGGAAUAAAUUCACUUUGAGAUUUA